GAUAUGUAUCGUAAUGGCGGCGGCUUUUAUGAAUGCAACAUAUGUUUUGACACAGCUAUGCAUCCCGUUCUAACACUAUGUGGGCAUUUAUUUUGUUGGUCAUGUUUGGCUCAAUGGUUAAAUGCACAAUCCAGGAAUCCUACUUGUCCAGUAUGUAAAGCAGGUUGUGGAAAGGAUAAAGUUAUACCCAUAUACGGUAGAGGAAAAGAAGAAAAAGAUCCACGAAACGAUCCUUCGAUACCUACAAGACCGGCAGGUCAAAGGCCUCCACCAUUAAGAGACCCAAAUAGACCUGCUACAUCUUUUUUUGGACCUGCUUUUAUGGGAAAUACAUUUAACAAUAGAGGAGGAAUGUCAAUAUCUGCAGGUUUUGGCUUCUUUCCGUUAGGCGUUACAUUUAAUAUACCAACUGGUGCUCCAAAUAACCAGCCAACAACUCAAGGUGCAUUUAUGUCAAGAUUGAUUAUGAUGCUGUUGAGUUUAUUGGUGGUUGCUAUUAUAUUUGCUUAA